CUUUAAUGACAUUGACAGUCGAAACCAUGUCAUGAUUUUAACAAAAAAAAUUUUAUUUUUGUUUUAAUGUCACUAAUAAAAGGUAAAGUAGCUUUGGUUGUUGGUGGUCAUCGAGGGAUUGGGUACGAAUGUUGCGCGAGCUUAUUAAUGAAUGGGAUAAAGGGGUUGAUGUUGGUUGGAAGAGAUGAGAAGAAAGGAAAUGAGGCUACCUGCGAAUUAGAAACUUACGGGGAUGGUGAUAUACGUUUUAUUAAAACUGAUAUAGCAGUUGCAAGGAAUUUUCAAAAUGUUUUUGAAACAACCAUCAAAACAUUUAACCAAUUAGACAUGUUUAUACAUUGUUCAGAAACGAUUAACGAAUAUCAUUGGGAAAAUGCGAUUAAAUUAAAUUUAACCAGCGUUUUAAGAGGGAGCAUAAUGGCUAUGAAACAUUAUUUACCAAAAUAUAAAAGUGGAAAAGAAGGAAUUAUUAUUAAUUUAUCAUCCGUAGCUGGAUUACAACCGAUGGCUUCGUUACCGAUUUAUUCCUCAACGAAACACGGAAUUAUCGGGCUUGUUAGAUCUUUGGGAAGCGAUUAUCAAUACGAACAGUAUCAAUGUAGGGUGAUGGGAUUAUGUCCUGGAUUAAUCGAGGAAAUUCCUCUUUUUGCUAAAAAUCAACCUCAAGGAAUUGAUUUGGAUUUAUUGGACGAAGAAAUUUGUCAUUGGCCAAAACAAUCAGGGGAUAAAUGUGGAAAAACCUUAAUCAAAAUCAUAAACACGGGUAAAAAUGGUUCAAUUUGGAUUUGCGAAGGACCAUAUUGUUACCAAUGGAAAUUUCCUAAUCGAUUUGAGUUAUUUGCGACUCAUGCUAAAGAAAUUGCUAUUGGAUAAAAAAUUAAAUUUAAAAAAAUUCACAGCCUGUAAUUAUUGGAAUUAAACCACGGUUUAUAC